AUGGGCGCUCUGCAGCUGGCUCAGGAGGGGGACCUGCUGCUCUACUGGGGGGCCGGAGUCGUCACUCUGCUCUUCACGCUGCUGGCAGCCUUCACGUUCCGCCUGCUGCUAGAUUACCUGGGGAAGUGGAAAGCGCUGAAGCCGAUUCCAGGGGUCAGCCCCUGUUACCCUCUGCUGGGAAAUACUGUGUUUUUGGAGCGCAAAGGGGAAGAUUUCUUUAAGCAAGUAGUACACAUCUUCAAAGAAUACAGGAAUCUACCCCUGCUAAAACUUUGGAUAGGACCAUUGCCUUUUGUGAUUUUAUAUCAUCCAGAUGCUGUGGAGGUUGUUCUAAACAGUUCAAAGCACAUAGAAAAAUCUUUUCCGUACAAAUUUCUACAUCCAUGGCUUGGCACAGGACUUCUAACAAGCACUGGAGAUAAGUGGCGUUCCAGAAGGAAAAUGAUAACUCCCACGUUCCACUUCACAAUCUUAGCUGAUUUUCUAGAAGUUAUGAAUGAACAAGCCAAUAUUUUGGUUGAUAAUCUUGAAAAGCACGUUGACAAAGAGCCCUUUGAUUGCUUUCUAGACAUCACUCUCUGUGCCCUGGAUAUAAUCUGUGAAACUGCGAUGGGCAAGAAUGUCGGUGCGCAGAAUAAUAGGGAUUCUGAAUAUGUCCGUGCUAUUUAUAAGAUGAGUGACCUCAUUCAUCAUAGACAGAAGUCUCCUUGGCUUUGGUCUAACUUGAUGUACCCUAUGUUCCAAGAAGGAAGGGAACAAACUAGAAACCUCAAGAUCCUUCACAGUUUUACUGACAAUGUAACCCGUUAUUCCUUUUUAUAUUGUGUUCCCAUCAAUGAGGAGAAUAAUGUAGUAAAUAUAGAGAUUCCAAAUUGUGAAUGUGGUGACAGAGAAUUAGCCAUUGGGAACAUCACCUUAUCUGUGGUUAUUGCAGAAAAAGCCCGUGAAAUAGAGAAUGACACACAACAGAAAGAUGACUUUGAUGACAACUGCGAACAAAGUGCGCCCAAAAGGAGAAGGGCUUUUCUUGAUAUGCUUCUCAGUACAACUGAUGAUGAAGGGAACAAACUGAGCUACAUGGAUAUUCGAGAGGAAGUGGAUACUUUCAUGUUUGAGGGGCAUGAUACAACAGCUGCUGCUAUGAACUGGGCCAUCUACUUACUUGGAUGCCAUCCUGAAGCCCAGAAGAAAGUUCACAGAGAAUUGGAUGAAGUGUUUGGGAACUGUGACCGGCCUGUCACAAUGGAUGACUUGAAGAAGCUCCGAUAUCUUGAGUGUGUUGUUAAAGAAGCCCUUCGUCUCUUCCCUUCUGUUCCAUUCUUCGCCCGCACCACAAGUGAAGAUUGCCAUAUUAGAGGAUUUAAGAUACCAAAAGCAACAGAGGUAAUUGUCGUUCCUUAUGUGCUGCACAGAGAACCGGAAAUUUUUCCAGACCCGGAAGAAUUUAGGCCUGAGCGAUUCUUCCCUGAGAAUUCUAAGGGAAGGCACUCAUAUGCAUAUGUGCCCUUCUCUGCUGGACCCAGAAACUGUAUUGGCCAGCGCUUUGCACAGAUGGAAGAGAAAGCUGUUCUAGCCAUCAUCCUACGACGCUUUUGGGUGGAAACUAGUCAAGAGCGAGAAGGGCUUGGCCUCGUGGGAGAACUAAUACUUCGCCCAAAUAAGGGCAUCUGGAUCCAACUGAAGAGAAGAGAGUGUAUGUCAGAAGAAGAAAGCUCACAAGGAUUUUAG